GCUUUCACCUUUUCCCUCGAUAGGUGCUGUCAACAGUCUUCACAAUGGCAACCUUCUGUGCUUGCUCGGCUAAGCUAGCUUUACCUACGCUACUUCGCAACGUUUAUCGCUCCGAGUUUGCCUCCGAACUUCAUUCCUUUCAGAGCCCCCAUGCUCUCGUUUCUCUCCGCCGAACGCCUUACUCUCAUCACGGUCACCACAAUGGUCGGGGUUUUACCUCUUUUUCGCCCUUUUCUGUUUCCCAGCCAGGAUCGUCUAUAACUUCACGACAGUUUUCCCAAUCAACAAUCACAGAAUCAAAGUCAACACAACUGCAUGCUGGGACGGAAGAUGGCUCGAUUGGAGAAGCUCUAGAUAAGAAUGUGGCAGCGCCAGCCGAUUCACGGCACCCCACCGUACCUGAAAUCGAGACGAAUCCUGCCCCCUCUAAAGCAAAAUCCGAUGCAGGCUCGACUAGAUCCUCUCGUGGCAAGAAAUACGUGCAAGAUGGCCAAGCUCAAAAACCAAAACCCAAGAAGAAAAAGGAGCAUUGGCAAAUUCAAAAGGAAGCCUUGAAGAAAAAGUUCGAGGGUGGAUGGAAUCCAUCUAAAAAGCUUUCGCCCGACGCUAUUGAGGGUAUCCGCCAUCUGCACGCGGCCGCUCCGGACCGGUUCACGACUCCUGUUCUUGCCGAGCAAUUUCAGAUCUCGCCAGAAGCCAUCCGGCGCAUUUUAAAGAGCAAAUGGCGGCCGUCGGAACAUGAAAUGGAGGACCGGCGCAAGCGAUGGGAGAAGCGGCACGAUCGAAUUUGGAGUCAUCUGGCGGAGCUGGGUCUUCGACCGUCCACCAAACGUACCCAACCUCUGGCCGAUGCGAACAUCCUGUAUAAGACGGGUGGCAAAGAAAACGGACCGACGGAGUGAUCAUCUUGCGACAAUCCUAAAAUCUGAUAGGUAUUUAGAGUGAUGUAUAUACUUCCCCUAGCACAUAAUUAGAGUCGACAUAAUAUUCACCAAAUAUUCUUCCUGUCAUGGUCUUUUGUGUUUUCUCGUGCAGAAUUCUUUUAAGUUACCUAGUGUUCACUGGAGUAGCCAACUAAUUUCUUCUGUAUCACCUUGGUGUCUCUAAUUUUCCAGUACGAUUAAAAUCAAUAUAAUUUAUCAUACUUUUUUUGAAUUUUUUUAUUAUAUAUUUUUUACAACAUUAUUCCCUUCACUCCCUGGAAAGUCCCCGUUGGACAUUGAAAAGUACAGACUAAAGAAAUACGCUAACGGUUACUUUCCAAUGUUUUGACCGCAUCUCCAACUUGCGACUUUGGCCGAUUUCAUUCAUUUAAUUUUCUUCUUCCCUUCCUUACCCCGAUUGCUAUGGCUUAUCCAAUUUGAAAGUAUGCCCUAGUCGGCGAUCAUUUAUUUUUCUUCUUUUUCUUCUUCUUCUUCUUCUUCUUCUUCUCCCCCGUCUCUCCUCUACUCUCACUUACAACCCCGGCGUUAACGGGGUAGAAG